CAUAUUUAAGUGUUACACACACCCAGUACGUGAGGGAGUGUGUUCGAAAUUGUUAGUUUGAUGUCCCGGCACUAGACAAGCGAAAUUAUUCCACUCUUCUGUGUGAUUUAUCCUCGUCUACGCCAAGGUGAUUGAAUGAGGACGACACUCGACAAAUAAUAUCAUGAAACAUCGACAUUAACGCCCGGGCAAAGUGGUCAGGAGCGACACAUCACACAUUCCAUACCACCAGUGGCGUGGCCCAGUUAUAAUUUUGAAUUUAAGCGUCUGUCGGUACAGUCAUGGACAUGUCAGGAAAGUCACCAAACUGGAUGCUGCUUCAUCCAGUGUAUGUCAAGAUGAUGAACCUUGAGGUGGAAGACAGUGAACAAGUCCAUGCUGCUUUCCUUGUUUACAUGGAUCUCACUGAGGUGCGUCACUGGAAAGAAGUGUCCUGUGUUAAAAGUGACGAACUCAAGCUGGUUUUGUUGGAGGCGAAAGAGAAGGAAGGAUCGGCCAUCCACUCAGUUCUGCCACUGCCUGUGCACCGGUCUCUGAGCCACAACGAUAUACGACAGGUUUUGGACAGAGGUUUUCCUAUGCUGCUGUGUGCUGUGGCCUCGGACUCCACGCUGGUCUACCAGAGGUUGACUGACGGUUUGGUGACCCCUGACCCACCAGCAGGCCCCUUCCAGGAUGUGGGACGCCGGCAGCACAGGAAGAGACGACAGCAGCAGUUGACGUCCGGCGGGAAGCACAAAUGAUGGUCACUUCAUAGAGUUCAUCUGGAUUUAGGUCUGGGCUCUGGUUGGGCCAUUCCAAAGCAAGAAGUCCAGGCAUGCAAAGUUGUUUGAGCAUUUAUUCCGUCGCCUUGAUAUCCAGCUUCAGGUUCAUGUACAAUUACACUCUUUGCCCCUUAGACAACUAGUAGAGUGACUGUGUCUUACUAGUUAUCAUUUUCUACUUACUAGUGCCACUUUUGGCCUGCUGGUACGGCCUAAGGAUGGAUAAGAAGAAUAGAGAAAAAAAUGCUCAACAAUUUUAUGGAAAACCAUUUGAGCAUUUAUUCGAUAUCCUUCAUAUUCAGCUGAAGGUCCAUGCGCUUCACAAGUAGUUCUAGUUGCGUGCAGAUGUCCACUUGUGCUGGAGCAUGUAAUUAUCCUCUUCGUGUGCAGAAAUGUCAUACAAUAGUGGCACUAUAUGGACUUGAAGCAGGAUAUCAAGGUUAUGGAAUAAGUGAUCCAUCGGCUUUCUAUUGCAAUGUACCAAAAGUGGAGAAAUUAUUUAGUGCAGGUUGAACUUUUACUUUAGAUGCCAGUUUUACUUAACACAUUUGGAUCAACAGCAGUGGAGAUCAGUUAUUAAAAAAAGAAAAAAAACAACAUUUUUUUUCU